AUUAGUGGAAGUUGCCUGUUUUCUAAUUAAACUAAUUACUUUAAUACUUUCUCUCUUGUUUAAUACUGAUUGGUUCCUACUUUCUUGACUGGCAUUAUCCUUUCAAAUGGAUGUUCCUCGCUUUUUAAUGGAAGACGAUAAUCAAGAUGUGGAAGAGGGUAUAAAUUUGUUAAGAUGUUUAUGUAUGUCAUUAGAUGAUGAAGAAGGGAAAACGUUAUUAAAAAGACACAUAAUUUUGAUGAAUGACUACCUUGACCUCAGGCAGGAUGGGAUUAAAUCGGUUGAUUUGCCUUAUUUGAUGAGUCCUCUAGAAUUUUUCAGUGAAAGUACAAUUGAUGAACCUCAGUACUGUAGGCUAAUUUUACAAUGUUUAAAACUUUUACUCAAACCCAUUCUAUUAUUUAAAUCAUCAGAUGCUUGUUCCGCCGUUGACAAUUUCCAGAAUUUUUUUUCUGCUCUAGGUAACUGCUUACUCGUUGCUGCAGAUAAUACUGUCGAAUCCACGAUCCUUGAUGUCAUACUCUUUCUCAUAACAUACAAAGAAAAAAAACCUGAGGAAGUAACUCUUGAAAUUCGACUAGAAGCAGUUGAACAAAGUUUUCUUUCAGAAAUUAUCAUCUCAUUUAUGUAUUUUAUAAGAGAUGAUCUGUAUCAACCCUUACUCGAAAUCAUGUACCAGCUUAGUUUACAGCCGUCUCUUGGGAACUUGUUUCAAUCGCUGGGAUGCAUGGAUUACUGGAUAAGGAAGGUAGCCAUUAAAAAUACAUUGAGUAUCAGAGAAGCCUCUAUAAAGGAAACGACGAGUAAUUUACUUUGGUCGGUAUUGCGCUGUCCUGACAAAUUUGGUGACGAACCUACUUUGAAUUCUGAAUCUCUGAGUAUUUUAAGAGGAUGGUUACGGAGAGAAGUUUUGUUUGGACAAACUUAUGAAAGAAACAAUAUAGCUGCAUUAUUAUUACAAACCCUAAUAAGCAUACCGAAGUUGGAAAUUUCAAGAUCCGGUAUUUUAGAAGAUAUAGGAAUGUUGGCUGUUGCAACCGAAUUCGGAAUCAGCAAUACUUGGGCCAAUAAGAUAAACUUCAAACCCACACGGGAUGAUCUCGAUUUUAAAAAGAUUUUGAUCACUAUUCUAUUAAUAAUGAAUGAAGACCCUAUUACGAAAAUGACCAAAUUGUAAUUAAUGCCUGUUAGGUCCUCUCAGUGAAUCGGUGCAUCAAUUCUUUGGCAUACAUACUAAGCUUUCGAGAGGGCGAGUGGGCAUUCAAAUGGAAACAUAAUCAUAAAUUAGAACUGGUAAACUGUUGCCUUUAUGCUUUGCCUAUAUUUUCAAAAAAUUUCAAACAAGAGUAUACCUCCUCCGGUGCGACUACAAGGAUUUUGGAACUUAUAGACUAUUUCACUAACAAACAGUUGAACCAUCGCCUGGUUAAAAAUUGCUGUUUGUGCCUCCACUUAUUGAUUUCCAGUGGAAUUUCACUGCAACAUUUUAGAGAAUUGAAUGUCACUGAGGUUUUAUUACAAUUGGUCUUUUAUUCACUAAAAAAUCUAAAAUUGAAUUUAUUAGUACAAACUACUAUACAUUAUUGUUUAUGUGCAAUUACAAAUCUAGUACAGGAUCACAAAAAGAGUUUGCAGACAUUAUCAUCAGAUUUGUAUAAUUUAUAUUCCUCGAUUUUCACUAGAUUUCAAAUGCCACUCGAAAGCGAUACCAAAAUUUCUAAUAGCUUUUUGAUCUCAGCUUGCGACUUUACAUGGCAAUGUAUCAUUUUAAAUGAAGUUACGAAGGAUGCUUUUUUUGAGGAUUUGGGUGUUUACUCAAUAUUUAAUGUUAUGGAGGACGCACCAUUUAUAGUACAGGUUCUAUUUCUUUCCAUUUGUUCUGAUCUAUGCGUUGAGCCUAAAAGCUUGCCUCAAAUAGUUACCUGGCGUGGGAAGGAGAGAAAUAAUAGCUUCUACAAAAUCAUUUGUGACCUUUGGAGAAAACAAGAAAAAAUCAAAGGUGUUCUAAGGGAUGAGUACGGCAGCAUUGAAGAGAUUGAAUAUGCUUUGAUGGGUGAAAUACAGCGAUCGGAAACAAAAUCUGAAAAUCUUGAUAUUUCGUCAAGCCCAGCAAUAGUCGAUUUGAUCGGAUGUGCAAGACCUAAAAUUGCACUUGCAAUUCACUUGAUCACAAGAAGACAUUUUGAAAAAGUGGAAUUAGCAGCUUCAGUCUACAACGUACCAUUUGAAGAUGCCAUCACCCCAGAAGAUCAGGUAAAAACAGGAAGAGACGCUCAUAUAAUAAGCAUUAAACGUAAGAAGGAAUCAACAAGAAUAUCAUUUUAUGACGAAGAUAUCAAGGAUGAGACAAGUUCCGGAUCUAUUAGUCUCAAAUGAAUUCCGAAAUGGCUAUGCUAGUAACAGCCAAAUUAUAAAUGUUAUAGCAACAUAUAGAAACAUUUUCGAAAUGAAUUCAUCUUCAUUCGGCAAUCCUCGAGCAGCUGUAACAAAACAGAUGAUAUAUUGUAAUCAUAAAU